AUGGAGCUGGUGGAUAUCCCUUGCGUUGGGGGAGAUUCACUUGGUACAAGGGGAACGCCUUUCGUAAUAGAAGAGUGGGCUAAGAUCAAGGUGGAAGGAAGAGGCGAAUUCAUUUUAAAUGAGAAGUUAAAAAGGUUGAAAGGUUGUAUUAAGGAGUGGAAUCGAGAUACUUUCGCUUGGAUUGAUCUAAAGGUGUACGAACACGGGAAUAGGCUACACAAGUUGGAUAGUUUAUUGGUGGACAAUCAUGGUGGUGAUGGGGAGAGUUUUGUGAAGGAUAGAAAGAUAGAUACGGGAGAUAUUUGGGACAAAUUAAAUUUGAAAAAAGAUAUUCCUAGGUUGAAGUCUAGGCAAUUGUGGCUGAAGGAGGGUGAUAGAAAUUCUCGUUUUUUUCACAAUUCGUUGAAGGAGAGAUAUAGGAGGAACACUAUUUCUUCGGUGGAGGUGGAGGAUGGUAGAGUGGAGGGAGUUGAAGAUAUUAAGGAGGCAAUCGAGUCUCACUUUGAAGAGUUCUUUAGAGAAAGAAACUGUAACAGAUAUGUCCCUGCAGGUAACAAGAGUGUCGGCCCCGAUGGCUUUUCUCUCAAGUUUUAUAAGCAAAAUUGGGAUCUUAUUAAGAAUGAUGUGUUGAGAUUUUUGUCGGACUUCCACAAGUUCCCUAAGCUUACAAAAGCUUGUACUUCUUCUUUCUUAACGUUGAUUCCGAAGAUCAAUAAUCCCCAAAGUUUAACCGACUAUAGACUCAUUUGUCUUAUGGGAAGCAUGUAUAAGAUCUUUUCUAAACUUCUAGCAUCUAGAUUAAAAUGUGUCUUAGGGAAGAUUUUCUCUAAUAAUCAAACCACUUUUGUUCUACGUAGAAAUAUUGCGGAUGGAAUCUUAAUGAUCAACGAGAUUUUGGACUUGGCUAAGAGAGAGAAGAGGAGUUCUGUGGUGCUGAAAGUAGACUUCGAAAAGGCAUAUGACUCCGUAAGCUGGAAUUUUCUUAGAUACUUCCUUCCAAAGACAAGGUUUGGAGAUUAA